AUGACGUUUAUCGACAGUUUUACUUUGUUGUCCUCCAGAAUAAUUUCUUCAUACCUAACGAGAAAAAAAUUAUUGUGUGUUAGUGCUCGUAAUAUUCAUAUGGAUAAUAAAGAUGAAGCAAAGUCAACUAUGGAAAUCGUUAACAUCCCGCCUAUUAUUGCAACCUACCGGCAAGCCCUGCGUACUUUCGAUGAGAAAUUUAAACGCGAUAUUUCGACCAACUUGAAUAAGUUAAAACUAAUGAUGGAUAAAUUGAAAGCCGAUGAUCUAGGUUUCGAUCAUACCCUGAAUGAUCCUAAAACCUGGAGUAAAGCGAAGAAAGCGCCUUGUACGUACAUUGAAGUGUUUCAAAACAGUUUAGUGAAUAUGAGUAUAUUUGUGUUGAAACCCGGUUUUAAAAUGCCUUUACACGAUCAUCCGCACAUGCACGGACUCUUAAAAGUAAUUUCUGGUGCUGUAAGAAUAAGAAGUUUUACUGAAUAUCCCCUAAAAGAAAUAGUGAGUACUAUGGACUUCGCGUCUCGUGCGAAAUACGAAGCGGCGCGAAUCGCUCAGGGUAUUCACAAACGGAGAAGAUUAUUCGCACAGGUAUCGCAGGACAGUAUAUGCCAGGCUAACUCUGAGACUUGCAUUCUUACUCCCACCACAUCUAAUUAUCAUGAAAUUGAGGCUUUAAAUAUGCCCGCUGCAUUUUUUGAUAUUCUUUCACCGCCUUAUGACACGUUAAUAGAGGAAGUAGGUCCGAGAAGGUGUAGAUAUUAUUAUGUAGCUAAUGAAAUUAGCACCAAUGUUGUAGAAUUACAAGAAACUAAUGUGCCAGAAUGUUUUUAUUGUGAUCAAGCACCAUACUUAGGGCCUAUGCUUGUAUAG